AUUUAUUUAGUAUUUUUAUUUAUUUUAUCUAUAAUGUUUUUAAUUAUUUCCCCUAGAUUAAUUUCUAUUCUUUUAGGUUGAGAUGGUUUAGGGUUGGUUUCUUAUUGUUUAGUAAUUUAUUUUCAAAAUUAUAAAUCUUAUAAUGCCGGUAUAUUAACUGCUUUAUCUAAUCGGAUUGGAGAUGUUGCUUUAUUAAUUUCUAUUUCUUUAAUAUUUAAUUUAGGAAGUUGAAGGUUUUAUUUUUAUUUAGAAUUUAUAAAUUUAAAUUGAAUUUUUUUAUUAAUAAUUAUUAUGGCUUCUAUAACUAAAAGGGCUCAAAUUCCAUUUUCUUCUUGAUUACCAGCAGCUAUAGCUGCUCCAACUCCUGUUUCUGCUUUAGUACAUUCAUCAACUCUUGUUACUGCGGGAGUUUAUUUAUUAAUUCGAUUUAAUCAUUAUUUAAUUUAUAAUAAAAUUUACUUAUUUUUUUUUUUAUUAUUAGGAAGUUUAACUAUAUUAAUAUCUGGUUUAGGGGCAAAUUAUGAAAUAGAUUUUAAAAAAAUUAUUGCGUUAUCUACAUUAAGUCAAUUAGGGUUAAUAAUAAGAAUUUUAUCUUUAGGUUAUGUAAAAUUGGCUUUUUUUCAUUUACUAACUCAUGCUUUAUUUAAAGCUUUAUUAUUUUUAUGUGCAGGGGUUUUUAUUCAUAGAAUAAUAAAUUUUCAAGAUAUUCGAUUUUCAGGAGGAUUCUCUAAUCAAUUAAUUAUUGUAUUAAUUUAUUUUAAUAUCUCUAGGUUAGCUUUAUGCGGGAUACCUUUUUUAGCGGGAUUUUAUUCAAAGGAUAUAAUUUUAGAAUUUGUAUUAAUAUCUAAUGUAAAAAUUAUGAUUUUUUUUUUUUUUUUUUCAACUGGUUUAACAGUUAUAUAUUCUUUUCGUUUAAUUAAUUAUUGUUUGAUUGAUUUUUUAGGUUUUAUGAUUGUUUCAAUAGGUGAAAGUAGUUUUAUAUUAUUUCCUAUAAGAUUUUUAAUAUUUUUAUCUAUUUUUGGUGGUUCGAUAUUAAUAUGA